AUGUCUAGAUCGUGCGAUGUUUGCAAUAAAGUGUUCCCUAAUGGAAAAUCAUGGGGAGGCCACAUAAGGGCUUGUUACAAGAAGAAGAGAAAGGAAAAGGACCAAGAAGAUAUUGAAGAUGGCAUGGAAUAUUUUUGCGCUUCUUCAGAAUCAGAAUUAAAGUUUGAAUUUCAUGUUGGUGAUGGUGGUGGUGACGAUGGUGGUGAGAGUAGUACUAAAGGGUAUGUGGAACCCAUUAAUUUGAUGGAGCAUCUCCCACAGGGUUGGUCUACAAAUAGCAAGAGAAGAAGAGAUUCCACACAAGAUAUGCCUAUACCUGCUGCUUUAAAUCAAGCCAGUGAGACUAGUUGUACAGAUGAGAUCCUUAAAAUUGCAGCCUUAAAACUUGUAUUACUGCCUAGAGUCUCUGAUAGCAAAAAGAAAGGUAUCGGAGAAGAAUUAACCACUUAUCGAGAUAAGCUUGCUCAUCACCUUGGCGUCAAUAAGAAGCCAACGAAAAACAAUGCUCACACUAAAGAAAAGAGGCCUUCAGAGUUUGUAGAAGCACACAAAAAAACUUAUGUGUGCAGGGAAUGCGGGUUAGUUUUUGACAACUUCCAAGGUCUUGGCGGCCACCUAGCAGCCCACAACAGAAAAAGGUUGAGGGAGACAGAUGCGGAAUUGGAUUUGAUGGACGCUGCUCGUCAAGAUUCAAAAGACUCUCCUGCUAGAAAGGAGUAUAAGUGUAAUCUGUGCGAGAAAAGUUUUCCGAGUGGACAAGCUCUAGGAGGACAUAAGAGCUAUCAUAGCUCUGGUUCUGCAGGAUAUAAUCGCCCCAGAAAAGCUCUAGGAGAACAUAAGAGCCACCAUAACACUCCUCAUACCGAAUUAAAUCACUCUGGACAAGCGCUAGGAGGGCAUAAAAGACAUGGUAGCGCUGUGCAUGCGGGAUAUGAUCACUCUGAACAAGGUUAUCAGAGUCAUAAUAGCACUGAUAAUGCGGGAUAUAAUCACUGCGCCUCCAGCCGCGAGACAUCUAGUGGAGUAGUUAGUCAUUCCCACCCGCCGUCCAGUGUAGAGAUUAGUCAUCCCGAUCCUCCACUCGGCUGUGUAUUGGAUUUGAACAUGGUUCCUGACGAGGGUUUAUGGGGGAGUUGA